AUGCACGAACCAUCAAAUGCAAUUCCACUUAAAGUUGAUACUGAAGGCAAAAUAAAAUUUGAUACUAUUCUUAAGCACAAUAUUAAGGGCAACAAAAUUGUCUACUCAAAUUUUGUCGAUUUACUACUCAAAAAACUUCGUGAAGACGAUCCAAAAAACAAAAAAAAAACCCGUGAAAUUCUCGAAGCUCUUGUAUCAUCUAAAAUAUCAGCUGCCAUGCCAGUUCAACAUGCCGAAAAGCAAGCACCUGUUCAAUACAUUCGUUAUACACCAUCACAACAAGGACCUGCUUUUAAUUCUGGUGCUAAACAACGUAUUAUUCAAAUGGUUGAAGUUCAAAAAGAUCCUAUGGAACCACCUCGAUUUAAAAUUAAUAAGAAAAUUCCUCGUGGACCUCCAAGUCCUCCAGUUCCAAUUCUUCAUUCACCAACACAAAAAGUUACUAUAAAAGAACAACAAAAUUGGAAGAUUCCAUCAUGUAUUUCAAACUGGAAAAAUGCUAAAGGUUAUACAAUUCCACUUGAUAAACGUUUAGCAGUCGAUGGUCAUGGUCUUCAAAGUACACAUAUCAAUGAAAACUUCGCUAAACUUGCUGAAUCUUUAUACACAGUUGAUUUGAAGGCUCGUGAAGCAGUUGAUAUGCGGGCUAAAGUGGAA